UGUGUGCUACUCCCCGGCCUAAAUUUCCUGUCGUGAUGAGGACCAUGGCGCUGCUGCUGCUGGUGUCGCUGCUGGCGGCGGCGGCGGCGGCCACGAGCAACACAUCCGACCGUGUGCACAAGGAGAGGAGCGAGGAGCAGACGCGGCGGAUCUUCCUGGAGUGGAAGGCCGAGCUCGGCAAGACCUACAGCUCCGUCGCCGAGGAGGAGCGCGCGUACGGCAUGUUCAAGCACCGCCUCCGCGACAUCGACCAGGGGUGGCAUGAGGACGGCUACUCCGCCUGGUCAUGGGACAGGGAGAGGAGCGAGGAGGAGACCCGGCAGAUCUUCGUGGAGUGGAAGGCCAUGAACGAAAAGAUCUACCGCUCCAUCGACCACGAGGAGCACCGGUACACCAUAUUCAAGGACGCCCUCCGUCAAGUCGAUUGGAACAACGCCGGCUACGCCUUAGGGGUCGACACUAACCACCAGGGCAUCAACGGGUUCACCGACCUCACCAAGGAGGAGUUCAAUGUCAUUUGCUCCGGGUUCAUCCUGGAGGGCUUCGAGCCAUCGCCGGGCGAGUUAAAGAGGGUGGCUGAGAUCCAGGAGCGCUUGCGGCUAGUAUAUGCCCCUCCAUCCCUUUGGGCUCAUUGACAUCAGAGACACUAUCAUUUACUUAUAGUCUAUCUAUUUCUAUAUAUGGAAGAGCAAUAAAUUCUCAUUGAAACAACCGUGAAACUUUUUGCAUACAGAAAACUCUAAAGAAAUAAAUUUAAGACCCAUGACGUGAUUUUUCUUUACUCAGUGUAAUCUUGGUUGAUGGAAAUUUACUAGUAGAUUCGUUU